GGCAGUUUUUUUAGGCUCUAUAAUGGCUUUUCUUGUACAAUAGGCAAAAGAAAAUUUUCUAAAGCAGCUGAGCUUCCAACAAUGGCUUCUCUAAUUUCUUCACAUAUAUACAUUCCCAUUCCCAACUAACUGUAACCUAACCGUUCGAUCAAUUUUUCUCUCUAUCUCACAGUCAUAAAUUCAUAAUCCGCCGUCUUCUUCAACAACCCUUUUCGUCACUUUCGAAGCUUUUUCUUCAUCGCUUUCAUCGACAAUCUUUCACCCAUUUUCUUCCCUUCAUCACUCUUUAAAACCCAAACAAUAUCAAGGGGCGAUUGAUCUUGCUGCAAUCUCCAUUGGUGCGCUCUCUUGAUCGCGAAGAAAUUAUAGAUAGUCAAUUUUCUCAGUGAGACAAUUUCUUUUUAAAGAUGUCGACGACAGCAGCCUCUAAUCUUCAGAUGGUCACACUGAGAAACUGCAAGUUCUCUUCUCCAAGAGGUUUCGAGGGUGUUGUUACACCAGCUAUUGGUGGAAAUUUAAAGGUAAUGCCAUGGGCUAAACUUAGGAGUGUCUACAAUGUAUCCUCUCUGAAAUACUUUCAGCUGAAUUCCACCACUUCAUCUUCUACAAAAUUUGGGAAGAUUGCAACUAAAGCUAUGUCUGGAUCUAGUGAAAACAUACCAGUCUCCGGGUUGCCAGUUGAUUUAAAAGGUAAGCGGGCAUUUAUUGCUGGUGUAGCUGAUGAUAAUGGUUAUGGUUGGGCGAUAGCAAAAUCUCUUGCUGCUGCUGGGGCUGAAAUUAUUGUUGGUACAUGGGUCCCUGCUUUAAACAUCUUUGAAUCCAGCUUGCGACGUGGAAAGUUUGACGAAUCUCGAGCGUUGCCAGAUGGAUCUUUAAUGGAGAUCACCAAAAUAUAUCCCUUGGAUGCAGUUUUUGACAAUCCUGAGGAUGUUCCUGAAGAUAUAAAAACAAAUAAGCGCUAUGCAGGUUCCGCUAAUUGGACAGUUCAGGAAGUAGUAGAAUCAGUAAAGAAGGAUUUUGGAACCAUUGACAUCCUCGUGCAUUCACUUGCAAAUGGGCCAGAGGUAAGUAAACCUCUCUUAGAAACAUCCAGGAAAGGUUACCUAGCGGCUUUAUCUGCAUCAAGUUACUCCUACAUAUCUCUUCUUAAGCAUUUCAUUCCAAUAAUGAAUCCAGGUGGUUCGUCAAUCUCUCUUACAUAUAUUGCAUCCGAAAGGAUCAUUCCUGGAUAUGGAGGAGGUAUGAGUUCAGCAAAAGCUGCACUGGAGAGUGAUACACGGGUGCUUGCAUUCGAGGCGGGUAGAAAAAAUAAGAUCAGAGUGAACACUAUAUCCGCUGGUCCACUUGGAAGUCGUGCAGCAAAAGCGAUCGGAUUCAUCGAUAAGAUGAUAGACUACUCACUAGCAAAUGCACCUCUGCAGAAAGAAUUAUCUGCAGAGGAGGUGGGGAACGCAGCUGCCUUUUUGGCAUCUCCUUUAGCUUCUGCCAUAACUGGUUCUGUUAUCUAUGUUGACAAUGGUUUGAACGCCAUGGGAGUGGGAACCGAUAGCCCGAUAUUUGAAGGACUUUGAUCUUCUAACUGACAACCAAUGACCACCAGACACCAUUGCUGACUGUUGAAAUGAAACCAGAAGAAAUUGCUGGAUGAACCUUCAAGCUUGAAGCCAAGUCUUUGUUCAUCUGCUUGUUCUUGCUUCCAUAAUUUUCAUCAACUUCGUUUCACUUUGUCCUAAUUAUAGCAAGAGAUUUUAUUUUUUCCAUUUUGAGGAUUUGACGCUUUUUCUAUAUGAUUCUUCAAACCACAUCAUCAUCCAAUUAAUUUAGUGAAGGUCAAUAAUGUAUCUAAAAGGAUGUUGGUUCAAACUUCAAAUUGACAUUGAAUUGGGAAAACAUGCUAAUAA